AUGCCAGCAAGGACGUUGCUCAUCGCCCGGCCCCAGGUGCCGACAGUGCCGGGGUCCGGCUCGGGGGACUCCCCUUUCCUCGGAGAAGGGGCCGACCCCUCCUUCCUCCCCUUCCUUUUCUCGCUCUCGCAGACCUCCUUCCACGUCACCUCGCACGCGUUUUCAAAUGCUCUGGCCCAGUGUGGCAUGUACAGGGAUAACGGGCUCAACACCUCCCUGGAGAAGAGCCACGUCACCGGCCCAGACAACUUCAUCACCGCCUACGACCACCUCAACUUCCAUCCCAGCUACAACCCAAGCGGCCCGUCGCACUGUUAGAUCUGCAGCAGUAACGACGACAAUGUGAAGCCACUUCAGUUUACUGCUGGCUGCCUAGAUAAAAAAAA